CCGCGUAGGAGUACAGGUCACGGGUGUGCUGUCAGGCACUUCCGGUAUGCGGGGAAGAUGCAGUGAUUUCAGCGCCCCGCCGCAAACAUGCCGUGAUUCCCGCAGAAGGUCACUCGAUGGGUGUGGUGACAGUGAUUGGCAGGACUUGAUUUGAUUGACAGUGAUUGACAGCUGCCGCCAUGAAACCCAUCCACUUUGUGGACCCCAACAACCUCCUGCUAUGCGCCAUCAUCACAGCGGCCAUGCAGAUCUUCUUUUUCGGCAUAGCGGCGACCUUCAGAUUCGACAAGGUCACGGAUUUUGCGGGAGGGACAAAUUUCAUGGUGCUGGCGUUGAUGACACUUCUUCUUGCACAGACGUUCUCGGUCCGACAGAUCCUGGUGACGGCGUUCGUGUGUGCCUGGGGCAUCCGGCUGUCAGGUUACCUUCUCUACCGCAUCAUCAAGAUAGGGGAAGACAAACGGUUCGACGACAAGAGGGACAACUUGUGUGCGUUCGCAGGAUUCUGGACAUUCCAGGCCAUCUGGGUGUUCACAGUCAGCCUUCCUGUGAUCUUCACCAACUGUUCCUACUCCAACGUCAACAACUACUUUACUGUGCAGGACAUUGUCGGCAUCUCCAUGUACGGGGUCGGCCUUCUCACCGAGACCUUCGCCGACUUCCAGAAAUUCAACUUCCGAGACAACCCAGCAAACAACGGGAAAUGGUGUGACUAUGGCCUGUGGAAGUGGUCGAGACACCCUAACUACUUUGGAGAGAUCCUGCUGUGGUGGGGGAUGUUCCUGAUCAGCACCAGUGUGAUCCAGGGCGGACAGUGGGCCGGUGUCAUUGGCCCCGUCUUCAUCACCUCCAUCCUGCUCUUCCUCAGUGGCAUCCCACUUCUCGAGAAAAAGUCUGACGAGAGAUAUGGAAAGGUGGAGGCCUACAGGGAAUACAAGCGCAGCACCAGCCCUCUGGUUCCUCUGCCUCCGUACUUCUACGGACGACUCCCCGACGCCGUCAAGUGUUUUGUCUGCUGCGAGUUCCCGCUGUACAACACCAUGGACGAGGCCGACGAGGACGAACUCGAGGUCAAAGUCGACGAGGUCAACGGAAAGGCCCGGGCAAACAGUGCAUGAUGGGACAAUGACUCAAGGAACUAUGGGAAAAGUGAAUCUGGAUGCGACAUGGAAAUAGCAAAGGAACAGGUUAAAAUUUAGAUAAAGAGACCUUACAAUGUAUUAAGUAUUCCCAUUUUGUUGUUGCCGAAGCAUGUAUUAUACAGCUGAAGUUGCUACAGGUUCAAUUAGAGGAUAGGAUAGAAAUAAGAUUGUGUAAUCAUGGAUAACAUACAAGUUAAGAGAGAAAAAAAGGUAAGAGCAUCUGAAUCUGUCUUUGCAUUAAAAGGAUCAUAAUUAUGAUUAGAAUUUUCUACUUGUUUCUAAGUUACGUAGAAAUUAUUGUAUAUUCUAGCUGCUGAAUUAACCAGGUAUGAAAUGAAAUUGUGCAUUAUCAUGUUGAGGGAACAUACUGAAAUAGUUUGUAAAUAAUAUACAUGUAUUGGAAGAUAACCCUCGGAAAAUUUUAUUUCUUUUUUAAUGUAUGGUGAAGAGCUACAUGUAGGGGGCACAUUGUGGAAAAUUAGCAUGUCCACAAUUAUAUUAUAGAUGUUUAUUUGCUAUAAACAUCUGUCAACCUCCUACAAAAUGGUUUAUGUGACAGGUUUAUGUAGAACAGGACCGUGUAAAAGUAUUGAAAAAAAAUCAUAUCAUAAUCAUGAACUAUGCAGGAAUUUUUUUCACUUUCAGAUUUAUCCUUUUGAGAAUGUAUGUACCAGGCAGACACUGUUGAUGUGAAAUGAACAAUGUGACAAUGGCUUCUAGGAAGCUUUUUCUUUUAAAGGGGAGGGUCAUUUUAACAUCUACUUUUCCUAUCAAAUUUCCUUACUGAAGCUACAUUUGGGGAUGACCUGCUUUUGAAGACUAGGAGUAGGUUUAGAUGUGUAGUAAUAUCAUACACAGAAGGCACACCCAUUCAACACAAUCAUGUAUGAAAGUCAGUGUGGAUUAUUUGAGCAUCUAAUUUUUAGAGGUAACAUAUUACAAUAUUGAGUCCAACUUGAGUUGGCUUAGUAUUUUUUUUAAAUUUUUGUUGAAUAUUCAGUGCAAUGUUGCAUUUGUUGUAUAAUUUCAUGUGUUUUAAUGCUAGCUAACAAAGUUUCAUACAGUAUUAAAUUUUUAAUCUUGAAUAUUUAUUGGGCCUUUAUUUUAUAUAUUAUCUGGUCUUACUAAUGCUGUAUUAUAUCAUUGUAUAUAUACUAUUUUAUGGGGAAUGUACAUAAUACUUGAAUGGACUUUGUCACAACUGGGUGCUUCUGUGUGCCUCUGUGUCUUAGACUAGGUAGAAAAAAGCAGGUACAUAAAAUGUAGUUAUAGUAUGAUAGUACAUAUAGUUAACAAUAUACUGUGAUCAUUGCACCUUUGUGAACCAAGCACUCCCUUGUUAAACUAGGGUUUUGCAAAGAAUCCACCCUUUUGAAUGCUAAGCUCGUGGGUCUUUGAGAUGUACACCCUUGUGAUCAAAGCACCCUUGUGGAUUGUACACCCAUGUCAACAAUACACCCAUGUCAACAAUACACCCAUGUCAAC